CAUGGACCUAAAGGACGGAGCCUAAAGUGUAUUGUACAUAGAUGCGGAAUAUAAAUAUGCACGUAAAACGCUCUUUAGGUGUGAACAAACCAUAACUGUUAUUACAUUGUCAAGUGUUUAUAUUUGGCAUCUCUUGCAUAUGUGUUGGUUGCAUUUACAUAUAUUACGAUACCUAUGUAUUUAUUGCUAAAAUAGUCGCGACAAAAUUGGAUCCCACAGACUGUAAACAGUGUUCAAGAAAAUAUCAUGGAGAGCACCAGGUACUAUGACAAUCCUUUUGAGGACUAUCCUAAUCCAAAAGCUGAACAACUUGUGAAUGCUGCAACAAAGGAGAUCAAUGAAGAAUAUAAAGAAAUAAUAUAUAAGGGUACAAAAAAAUUACUGGAUCGAUUAGAAGAGAACCAGAAGCAUUGGUUAUCCCAUGACGAUUAUUCUGUGUAUACAGGAUCAGCUGGGAUUGCAUAUCUCUUUUACCAUUGUGGCAAAUGUUUGGAUGAACCUGCUUACAUUGAUAAAGCAGAAGAACUAUUGAGAACAUGUGUGAGCAAAUUCAGAAGUAGGCGUGAAGUUACAUUUCUAACUGGCAUUACUGGUCCAUUGGCUCUGUAUGCAGUCGUUCUUCAUUCGCAAGGGAAUAAAGAAGAAUUAAAAAAUAUAAUAACUAAAUUGAAGUCAUUAUCACCUCAUGUUUUGAAUGAAGAUAAUGAUUUACCCGAUGAACUGCUUUAUGGACGAGUUGGAUAUUUAUUUGCCCUUCUGUUCUUGAAUAAACAUAUAUCUCCUCCACCCAUAGAGGAUAAGCUUAUCAAACAGGUCAUUGCAAUCACAAUCAAAUCAGGAAAUAUAUAUGCCUCAUCGAGGAAAUACAAAACACCCAUAAUGUAUGCUUGGCAUAAUUCAGAAUAUCUCGGCGGUGCACAUGGAUUAGGUGGAAUACUUUAUCUGUUAUUGCAAGCACGACCAUACUUAACACAAUCUCAGUUGGAAAACGAUAUAAACCCAGCAUUACAAUUUCUUCAAAACUUACGUUAUCCUUCUGGAAAUUUUCCAUCAUCCAUUGGAAGCAAUACAGACAAAUUGGUACAUUGGUGUCAUGGUGCACCUGGAAUGCCCAUGUUAUUCUGUUUAGCGUAUGAGAUAUAUGAAGACAAGAAGUACCUGGACACCGCUCUACAAUGCGGCGAAGUGAUUUGGAAGAGAGGUCUACUUAAAAAGGGGUAUGGAAUAUGUCACGGGGUUGCUGGAAAUGCUUAUGCAUUCCUAUGUCUUUUCCAACAAACAAAAGAUAUAAAACAUUUGUACAGAGCUUGCAAGUUUGCAGAAUGGUGCAUCGAUUAUGGAACACAUCAAACGAGAUCUCCUGAUAGACCAUUUUCAUUAUUUGAAGGUCUUGCCGGUACGAUUUACUUCUUACUUGAUAUGCAAAAUCCAUCUUCGGCUAAAUUUCCAGCUUACUCGGUGUAAAAUGAAACUACCUUAACAUUUAUUAUUUGUUCAACAUAAAUAUGCGAUCAAUAGAAUAUUGAAUUAGAUCAUUUACAGACUACUAUGAAACUUAUAUUUCCAAUUCAUAAGCAAAAUUGCAUGUGAGAGCAUGUAACUCAAUGUAUCCUUUAUUAAUGAAUAAAUCACUCUACAGAUUCUAUCAUA